GCCAAGGUUUGUUUUCCAUGGGUGCAAAGUAUGUUUAAGUGCAUUAACCGAACGGCCCAGUUUACGAGACAUCUCCAGUCAGCAGGCAGCGGUUCCUCUCUUAACCAAUUUAGGCUGGUGUCAUCCUUGCCACUCAGAAUGACCGACCCGGCUGUGAAUAGGGUGGUUAGUGACAUAAUUCGCUCACCCGAGGACAAGCGGGUUUACAGGGGCCUGGAGUUUACCAAUGGCCUGAAGGCUAUGCUCAUCAGUGACCCAACAACAGAUAAAUCCUCUGCUGCUUUGGAUGUCCACAUAGGUUCACUAUCCGACCCUGCAAACAUCUCAGGCUUGGCUCACUUUUGUGAGCACAUGCUGUUCCUGGGAACACAGAAGUACCCCAAGGAGAAUGAAUACAGUCAGUUCCUCAGCGAACACGCAGGCAGCUCCAAUGCCUUCACCAGCGGAGAGCAUACCAACUAUUACUUCGACGUGUCCCAUGAGCACCUGCAAGGAGCACUAGAUAGGUUUGCCCAGUUCUUCCUGUGCCCACUGUUUGACGAGAGCUGCAAAGACCGGGAGGUGAAUGCUGUGGACUCUGAGCACGAGAAGAACUUGAUGAAUGAUGCCUGGAGGCUGUUUCAGCUGGAGAAGGCCACUGGCAACCCAAACCACCCCUUCAGUAAAUUUGGAACAGGUAACAAAUUGACACUUGAGACCAGACCAUCUAAAGACGGGAUCGACAUCCGUCAGGAGCUCCUGAAAUUUCACUCGACAUAUUACUCCUCUAACCUCAUGGGACUCUGUGUGUUAGGAAGAGAAUCACUAGAUGAGUUGACAUCCAUGGUGGUUAAGCUGUUUGGAGAGGUGGAAAACAAGAACGUGCCUAUCCCAGAGUUCCCUGAGCACCCCUUCCAGGAAGAGCACCUUAAACAAUUCUACAAAGUGGUUCCUAUCAAAGACAUUAGGAACCUGUACGUGACCUUCCCCAUCCCAGACCUACAGAAGUACUACAAAUCCAACCCAGGACAUUAUCUGGGACAUCUGAUUGGUCACGAAGGGCCUGGAAGUUUGUUAUCUGAGCUGAAAUCUAAAGGCUGGGUGAACACACUUGUUGGAGGGCAAAAAGAAGGAGCCAGAGGGUUCAUGUUCUUCAUCAUCAACGUGGACUUGACCGAGGAGGGCCUCUUGCACGUUGAGGACAUCAUCUUCCACAUGUUCCAGUACAUCCAGAAACUGCGCACUGAGGGGCCUCAGGAGUGGGUGUUUGAUGAAUGCAAGGAUUUAAAUAAAGUCGCCUUCCGGUUCAAGGACAAGGAGCGACCCCGUGGCUACACUUCCAAAGUGGCAGGCUUACUACAUUACUACCCUCUGGAGGAAGUUCUUGCAGCAGAGUACCUUUUGGAGGACUUCAGGCCAGAUCUGAUCGAGAUGGUGCUGGAUAAGCUGCAACCAGAACACGUCAGAGUUGCAGUCGUGUCAAAGUCAUUCGAAGGACAGACGGACAAGACAGAAGAGUGGUACGGCACACAGUACAAACAAGAGGCCAUCUCUGACGAGACCAUCAAGAAAUGGGCAAAUGCAGACCUCAACGGCAAGUUCAAAUUACCCAUGAAAAAUGAGUUCAUCCCUACAAACUUCGAGAUCUACCCUCUUGAGAAAGACUCUCCUUCAGUCCCCACUUUAAUCAAGGACACUGCUAUGAGCAAGGUGUGGUUCAAGCAGGAUGACAAGUUCUUCCUGCCGAAGGCAUGCCUGAACUUUGAGUUCUUCAGUCGCUACCUUUAUGCAGAUCCCCUGCACUGCAACAUGACCUACUUGUUACUCAGGUUACUGAAGGAUGAUUUAAAAGAGUAUACAUAUGCAGCCCGCCUGGCCGGGCUGGUGUAUGGCGUAGCCUCAGGGAUGAAUGCCAUCCUCCUGUCUGUUAAAGGCUACAAUGACAAACAGCACAUCCUGCUGAAGAAGAUCAUUGAGAAGAUGGCCACCUUUGAGAUCGAUGAGAAGCGCUUUGACAUCAUCAAGGAGGCAUACAUGAGGUCUUUAAAUAACUUCAGAGCAGAGCAGCCUCACCAGCACGCCAUGUACUACCUCCGUCUUCUCAUGACCGAGGUUGCUUGGACCAAAGAUGAACUCAGAGAGGCUCUUGAUGAUGUAACUCUCCCACGCCUCAAGGCCUUCAUACCUCAGCUAUUGUCACGGUUACAUAUUGAAGCCCUUCUCCAUGGCAACAUCACCAAGGAGUCCGCUCUUGGCAUGAUGCAAAUGGUGGAGGACACGCUCAUUGAGCACGCUCACACGAAGCCCCUCCUCCCGAGCCAGCUGAUUCGCUACAGAGAGGUGCAGGUUCCAGACGGUGGCUGGUAUGUUUACCAGCAGAGGAAUGAGGUGCACAACAAUUGCGGCAUUGAGAUCUACUACCAGACCGACAUGCAGACCACCCACGACAACAUGCUGCUGGAGCUGUUCUGUCAGAUCAUCUCUGAGCCCUGCUUCAACACACUGAGAACCAAAGAACAGCUGGGCUACAUCGUGUUCAGCGGGCCCCGGCGGGCUAACGGGGUGCAAGGCCUGCGCUUCAUCAUCCAGUCGGAGAAGGCGCCUCACUACCUGGAGAGCCGAGUGGAGGCCUUCCUCUGCACUAUGGAGAAGGCCGUGGAGGAGAUGAACGAGGAAGCCUUCCAGAAACACAUCCAGGCCCUGGCCAUCCGCCGUCUGGACAAGCCUAAGAAGCUGUCUGCUGAGUGUGCCAAGUACUGGGGAGAGAUCAUCUCCCAGCAGUAUAAUUUUGACAGAGAUAACAUUGAAGUAGCAUAUCUGAAGACUUUGACGAAAGAAAACAUAAUGAACUUCUACAGGGAACGGCUGACGGUCGAAGCCCCGAAGAGACACAAGGUGUCCGUGCACGUCCUCUCCAGAGAGAUGGACUCCUGUCCCAUCGUGGGCGAGUUCCCUGCUCAGAACGAUGUCAACCUGGCCCCCGCUCCUUCCCUGCCACAGCCCACGGUGGUUCAGGACAUGACGGAGUUCAAGAGGAGCCUGCCUCUGUUCCCCCUGGUCAAGCCCCACAUCAACUUCAUGGCUGCCAAACUGUGAGCGAGGCUGGCAGGUCGACACACGGCGGCGGCACGAGGGGGCUGGACGCCGGGGAGGGACCCCCACCCCCCGCUCUGUUUAUUCCCCACACCCAUACCCCUCCACCCCCUCCUCUCCUUCCCCCUCCUCCCCCCCAUCAGGAAGAAUUCGAUCGGACUGAGCCUGCAUGAGUGUGUGUGUUUGUUUGCGCGGGUGCAUGUGAAUGUGUGCGGCAGGCCGGAGCCACUAGAAGAGAUGCUCGGAAACAAAUUCGAAAUCACAAAAAGUUUAGCUGAGACCGUGGACGUAGCCGUGGUAACGAUAGAGGUCACCUCAUGUUAAAAGUCUCUACAAGGAGAUGCAACACUCACGCGCAUCACAAUACUGUGUAGGCUGUUGUAGAAGAACUAGAAAACAACUUUAAAAAAAACAAGACAAGGGGCCAGAUCCCUGUUAACAAGUGUACUGCAGAAGCUUCACAGUAGGAGGCGUUUUCUUUGAAUUAUUCAGACAUGCUGCUUUGAGGAAUGGAUAGCAGGUUUAUUGUGAUGAACUGGGGGCUGUAGAGGGUAAAGACAGUCGCUCCACGAAGGUCUUCUCUUUUAUUAUUCGUUGGACUGCAUCUCUCAGAGGCACCGCAGCUCUCCUGACGACGUUAUCACAAUAGAUGCACUCGCUCAAACGGAAUAUUUUAUUCAAAUUUAUGCAUUUCUAAAGCCUUAUAAUUCUGGUUUUAAUCCCUGCAUGUUUGGAAAUGUUUUUGCCUGUACACUGGUAAAAUGUUGGGACCCUUUGAGGAGCUGUUUUAAAUCACUAACCACAGAACCACGAAAAUUUUUAAACUUUUUUUUUUUUUUUAUUAUGAUUGCGUUUUACAGUAGUAUGUAAUUCAGACAUCUCAGGGGUACCUCCAUGCUGUUUUAUUUUUAUCAUUCAGUUUUAUUAGUUAUUAAAAUAAAAAACACUUUCAUUGGUUUUGUCAUUUCCACUCGUACUUUGUUCACGUCGCAAAUCUGAUCAAAUCCUGAAAACUCAAAGGAGUUGUAGAGAUAAAACAAGACUUUAUUUUUUUUUGGAAGCUCUGGGGACGUCUUUGAGACUCAGUGUCUGCAUGUGAAACUUCCUGAAGCUUGUGCCUUUCCUGGGGGGGGGGUCGUCGGUUAGUUUGUAUGAUUCAGGGCAAAAAUCCUGGAGGAUUUAAACCCCCCCUAAAUAGUUGGAUGUGCACUGGCUCUUACUGCGUAGAUGUCAAACAAAGCAGCUAGCCGCCUUCUUCUCUGAAAAACAUUUCAUGAUGAUGUCUAAAAAAACAAUGGAGGGGGGAGUUUGAGGAAAGCUCCAGUUGGGACUUUUAUUUUUCUGAAUAUAUGCACUUCUCUCACUAAAGCAAUAAACUUAAUGUGGUGGACAGGGAACAGUGAGACGUGGCUCCAGCAGAGGACUGUGUUGGCGGCCGGGGCGUUGGUGGUGAUGUCAGCGUCAUGCAAGCGUGACCUGCUCUCUCAGGUGCUAACCAGCUUCGCAGAGUUAAAACCGCUGCUGGUGGAGCUGCCAACCGCUCUGUUCAAACAGCCAAAAAUCACUGUUUUUAUUUUAUUCCCCUCCUCCCUUCUCCUCCUCCUCUCUCUACCUGCUCCAGGCCCGGCUCAUCGCUCGCUCACACGUUUAAGGGUUUCGUACAGAUAAAAGGUUAAAGGGUGUGAUUGUGCUGCAUCCAAAGCUUCUUCAAUGUUUUCCAGCAUUUUACUACGUCUCAAAAACCAUUUCAACUUUUUAGAUUUCAAACGAGGCCCCGCUUCAUUAACUGCUACUGUGUUAGAAGGCACUAUUUCCUCGUGGUCAAAACCCAAAGACAACCAGCAGCAGCAGCAGCAGAUCUUAGGUCGUCCUUCACUCCCACAGGCAGUAGCUCCACAGCGUUUGGGAGGCAGUGACCAAGCAGUUUUCACAGCAUUCUAGAAACAUUACAUAUCAGGCUUGGGCGGGCCGUGCACUGUUUACCUUGUGAAGUACUUAGUGAGUGGUUUACAUUUAGGGAAAAAAAAAAAAAAAUCAAGCUUUUUAUUUUGAAUUCUGGAUGUAUUUAGCAACACAUAAGACUGUGAUUGGCUGGUUGGGUUCAUGGGCUGGUGAAGAGUGCUGGUAUUUUGAGUUUUUUGUCUCCUGUGUGUUUCUAAUGAAUAAAACAACUGAAUAGAA